AUGGAUACGGAUAGAAGAUCAAGAUCCAGGGACCCUGUGUCUCGUGACGAACCAGCCGAUCACUACCGGCCCGAAUCCCGCAAUCGUUCCCCAUCGCGAACCCCCUCCGAGGCCAUGGAUCGCUACGACACACACGACCGCACCUCCCAAGCCCGCUCUCCGGCCCCGCGCAACGGAAGACCUCGGACUUACAGUCGCAGCCUAUCCCGUAGCCGUAGCCGUAGCCUCAGUCGAAGCAGAAGCCGCAGUCGUAGUCGAAGCUACUCGCGCGAUCGCAGCUGGAGUCGCUCAAGAAGUCGCACUCGCAGUCCCACGCCCCAGGCCAGAAGCACCAAGAUUGUUGUCGAACGUCUCACCAAGAACGUGAACGAAGACCACCUUCGAGAGAUCUUUGGCCAGUACGGCGAGAUUGAGGACUUGGACCUGCCUCUCAACCGUCAGCUUGGAACCAACCGUGGCACAGCUUACAUUUUGUUCUACAACGAAGCCGACGCCGAGGCUGCCAUUGCCCACAUGCACGAGGCCACUGUAGAUGGCGCCGUCAUCAACGUUUCCAUCGUGCUACCCCGCCGCAAGCUCUCGCCCGCACCCCCUACAGCUCGCCGCGGAGCAAAUAUUAACCCGCGUAUACCGCCCCCUCAUCAGUCCAGACCCUUUGGCGGCAACAUAGGUGGUGGUGGGGGAGGGGGUCAUGGGCGUGGAUCUGGGCCAGGUCGUCAUGGGAACCGUUCUGAUACCUACCGUCCCCGUUCUCUCUCAAGGUCGAGAUCUCGGUCACCCGUUCAGGCAGGAGGGAAUCAUAAUCGCAGGCAAAGAUCCCCUUCGUAUUCAUCCCGGUCUCGAUCCAGCACUCCACCACCAGCCCGCGGUGGAGGACGAGGGAGUCGCAAUGUCGGUGGGCGCUACGACGGCGACGACGAUAGGGAUAAUCGCAGAAGCGCUAGCCGCGACAGCUAUGAUAGUUACGACCGUAGGAGCAGAAGCCCCAGUCGCCAUCGGGACCGUGGAGGGAGGUGA